CGUCUCGUCGCCAGCACGACCGGAUCGACCAUCAAGCCGAGCACUCCACUGUACGGGUCCGGCUUUGCCCACAAUCAACCGAACGUUAUAUAUGGAGUGCUGGACGGGUAACGCCCGCUUGGCGAAAUUCUUCGAUUAAGCAGCGUAAGCUGUCACCGACAUGGGCAGUGAUCAUUACUGCUUAAGGUGGAACAAUCAUCAAUCCAACCUUCUCGGGGUGUUCAGCCAAUUGCUCCAGGACGAGAGUCUGGUGGACGUUACACUCGCUUGCUCAGAGGGCGCUUCCAUCCGAGCCCACAAGGUUGUACUCUCGGCCUGUUCCUCGUACUUCCAGACGCUGUUUCUUGACCAUCCGGCCCGGCACCCGAUUGUCAUACUAAAGGACGUCCGUUUUGCCGAGCUGCGCACGCUGAUUGAAUUCAUGUACAAGGGCGAGGUAAAUGUCGAAUACUGUCAGCUUUCGGCACUGCUAAAAACGGCCAAAUCGCUCAAGGUCAAAGGCUUGACGGAAAUGACAAAUCAGAGCAGCCCGCUAACGGAACCGCAACUUGAACCCGAACGACUCAGACCCCACAGCAGCAGCCAUGGCGGAGCCGGUGGUGGCGGAGGAGGUGGUGGCAGCAAUAGCAACAAUGGUGGAGGUGGCGCACUGGCCGCAUCGGAAGCGAUCCUUCCCACGAACCUGUCGACGACAUUUCCGUCGGCGACGCUAGCGACCUGCGGCAGUAGUGGUAGCAGCAGCUCGUCCAUCACCACCGCUUCCGCUACCAACACCACCACCACUACCACCUCCACGACCAGUACCAGCAGUGAACCGGAUGGUGGGGACAGACGGUCCACAAUCUCGCCAUCCCAUCAACACCUUCAGCAGCAGCAACUGGGAGAACUACAGCAACAACAACACCCGCAACAUCAUCACUACACGACGCACCAACAACAACAACAACCACAACGUCUGAGUUCCUCCGGGUUGGGCAGUGUCGGUCCGGUUACCUCUGCAAGCUCGCACAGUAGCAGUAGUAGUAGUGGCAAUAGCAGCAGUAGUACUACCACCACUACCACCAGCAGUAGCAGCAGCAGCAGCAGCAGCGACAGAGUGACGGAUCUAUCUACCACGCUUGGCAAACACCGAUUCCUAGAGGACAGCACGGACGGUGGUUCUCGUGUGACCACGAGCCGCCCGAAACUAUCGCCCACGUCCGAAGCGGUCGCGUCGAUCGCCAACACUACAACGCCCCUCUCACUUACACGGAAGCAUCGCGACACGCUCGGUGCGAUUAUCUCAGCCACCACAGCCUUAUCCUCCUCAUCGGCCACCGUAUCAUCGUCGGCGCUGCACGGUGGCUUCGGUGGUGGCAAAGCGUCGAGUUCCUCCUUUACGUCGGUAGCGGCGCUAGCAGCAGCACCGACUUCAACCACAACCACCGCGGCAUCAUCAUCGGCGGCCGGGGCACCUAGCACUACUACUACGGUUAUACAAAGUCCUACGGCUGCGUCCGGUGAUGGUGGUAUACUACCUUCGCAGCUGGCAGCUGCCGCUGUCAGUAGCGAGGACACCACCACCAGCAGCACACCUCUGUUGCACGACCCAGACGAGGACGAUGACGGACAUCAGGAUCAGCAGCAACAACACCCGCAUCACGACGAUCAGCAGGAAGAGCAACAGGAAGAGGACGGACGGGACACGCCACCAACUACCACAACCACCAUGCUAGUUGCGGAUGCUGUGGGUGACACCGUUUCGGUAUCUGGGAAGCCUGCGAUUUGCACGACAACCACAUCCAUUACUACAACCAGCGUCACCAACCAAAGUGCUCACAAUGAGCCAGUGACGGGUAUGGGGACGCGGGUAGGCUCGCCACCGUCGGGGAGUGGUGGAGAUACGGACGAGCGACCAGACGAAGCCGACGAAACCCAGGUGACGACGGCAGCGGCAGCAGCGGCAUGCUCCUCUUCUACCUCGAACGUUCGCACCGAGCAACCGGUUCUUCCACCUAGUAGCAGCAGUAGUAGUACGCCCGGCACAACAUCGGCAAAGCACGAGAGUAGCUUCACAACCGUUGCCUCCUUAAUUGCGGAUAGUAGUGCUGGUGUUGGUGGUGAAAGCGUCGGAAGUCCUACACGACAGCGAAGCAUGUCCCGUAGCCCACUCGGUAGCGAAUUGGAGGAGGCUCGGCGUCCGGUAAGCACGAUCAGCAGCAGUGCUCUACUACCAAUGGCAACCGAUCUCCGUACGGAAGACCAUCAUCAACAGCAUCAUCAUCAUCAUCACCAUCACUCGCUGCUACUGCGGGAUGUGGCGAUGGCGGCAGCAGAUUACGAUGAUGACGAUGAAGACGAGGAGAGUGAUGAGGUGGACGAUGGUGCGGCCGAGAUGUUACUAGCAGCUGCCGCAGUUGCACAGCAUGUUGUGCGUGGUGAGGUACGUGAAGAAGGGGCGGAUAUUGGUACAAGCGUAGAAAAUGCGGGGCGACGUCGACGCGCCUUAACGGGGACUGAAGAGGACGAAGCUGAGGACGAUCCUCACCAACACCACCAUCAUCAUCGGACGCUGGCUUCCACGCGAACUGCCGGUACGCAUGAUGACGACGUGGUAGCACCCGAGGACAUCGAUGGUGACGACGAGGACGAUGAUGACGAUGAUGAUGAGGAUGACGAUGUCGGUGGCCCGCACGAUUUACACAUUGGCAGUACGGGCAGUACCGGGAGUACUGGGAGUGGUGGUGGUGGCGGCGGCGGCAGUAGUCUUCUUUCCCAAAGUCGACAUCAUCAGCACCAUCUGCUGCAUCUGUCCUCCCAUCCGCACCACCAGCAACAGCUCCAGCAACAUCUGCACCAACAUCAGCAGCAACUAGUUGCGGCAGAGUUACUACGCUCGGCUGAACAGCAGCAUCAGGCACGGCAGCGACAGCAGCAACGCCGGCGUCGCUCGUCGGAAGAUGCAACUACGGGCCGGCAAACUAACAACAGCAGCAGUGCGACGAAUAACAAUAACAACAGUAGUAGCUUCAACAACAACUCAGACGAUGAAUAUCAGCCGCCGAUGAAGAUCAAGAACGAAGUCGACUUUUCGGCGUUCUCCGGUCUGAACAUGACGAUAAAUGCGGCGAGUGCAAAUGCGAACCUGUCCACAGCACUAAACUCAACGUCGGCGGCGUCCGGCCCAGGCCCUAUACUGCUAGCCACUGAUCUCCGGCCAGCAUCACGCGGUGGCGUCACCGCGUCCGGUGCGGAAGCACUGAUCGUCGGUAAUGCCUCCGCUACUGCGUCCUCCUCCACCUCCUCCUCCUCGACCGCACAGAGCGGAAGUAAGAAUGGUGAGCAGCAGCGUGAACGUGAACGUGGUUCACCUCAGCACCAUCUGCAACAUCAUCACCAGCGGACAGCGGUCGCUGCGGCGACGGCGGCCGCACUGGCUGUGUUUAACGCGAGCGGUCUCUCCAGUCCGCUGUCCGAACCGAUCGCAGGACCAUCCGGCAUCAUGGGACCGGUCCAGCAAGUGCCUCUGUCGCUAAAGAAGGAGAUUGACUGGGGCGAUGACAAGUCGUCGGGCGAAAGCUCACUGGACUUCCGUCACGCGCAUGACUCGACACUCGGACGCUUCCUGGUGGGACAAAGUGGAUAUCCCCGGUCGGGCAUCAAAUCAGCUCCACCUGCCGGCAUAAUUGGUUUCCCAGGAGCUGCGGUCGGUGCAAUACCGUUCGUAUUUCCCUUUGCUCCGCUCGGGCUCGGCCUGUUCGAUACCGAUCCGCAGCGGCUUCUGUCAAUGCUACACCAUCAGUCAGCCCUAGCCGAGGAAGCAUUACGCUACCGUAGCCUUCUGUUCGGUUCCGGAGCCGUACCUGGUGACGCUGGGCCCGGAUCGCCAACGGCAACCUCAUCCCACGCUCCACUGCAGGACGAUUGUAAGGAGCCGCUAAAUCUGCACGCUACAACCACAACUACAACAAGCACUACGAACACCGGUCAUACUUACGACCUUCAAGAGAAGGGCUCCAAGCUGAUGAGUGGCGUCGCGUCACCGAAGGUUGCAAUGACAAUGAUACGUGUGCGCGAUGGACUCACCAAGGAAGGCUUCCGCAAUGGUGGUGGCGAGGACCUGCUGCUCCGCAAACCACCACCACCCCCUCCAACACCGGUGGCAGGCACCAACAGUUCAUUCGCACCGUCCUCGUCCGCCACCUCGUCUACCUGCGACGAUGCACUGUCACUGUUUCAUGACGUGCAUCAGCUUAGCGGUGGCUCGCCAUCACCGGCCGCAUCUGCCGGCACACCGACACCGGCCACCGACACCAAGUGUCACAUCUGUAUGGCCAACUUUCCGUCCGUGUGGCUGCUCGAGCAACACUCCGCCCUGCAGCAUCCCCAUCUGACGAUCCACGACGAUAAGCCGUACCUGUGCGGACUCUGUGGACAGAAGAGCCGGUACGCGUGCUGUCGCUAUCGUACCGUGCUGGCCAAACAUCACCGGGCCGAGCCGGGUGGACGUAGUCGUGUGCCGGCCGACAAACUGUUCACGUGCGAUGUUUGCGGCAUGCAGUUUCGGUAUCUGAAGUCAUUCAAGAAGCACCGUCUCAACCAUGCCCUCGAGCGGCUCCACGGCAAGAAAGGGUCGGGAGGUGUUGGCACGACGACGGCUGACAGUGAACCGGCCGUAUCCAGCACGAACGAGGGUAGCGAUGGUGUUGCCGCGGCCAGCAGUGCAAUGGUAGCUGAUCUGCGCAGUUUGACUGCCUGCACGGAUGCAGACGGGGAGCAUCUGGUCGUAGAUGGUGUUGGUCAGGAAAAGAUUCUGACUGCGGGUGGCAGUGAGAUAGCCAUGGCUGGCAGUACGGUAACCGGUGGGGAAGAGCAGGAUGACACGGUGUCCGAUUCGGCACUGAACAAUCAGCCGGCGACAGUAGCAGAUUCUGGUGGACCUUCGAUGGGAGCAGGAGAAGACACACAGCAGAAGAUAAGCAGCAGCAGUAAUAGCGCUUCCAGCACAACGAGAAGCGCACCGAACUGUCACAGCAACGGUAUUUCGACGAACCUGUGCACUAAUGGCGGCGCUAAUGGCAGCUGUCAAGCAAACAGUAGCACAGGCGCCCGUAUCGUACAGUCACCGAUGGAGGCUGCCAACGAGGCACUGCUGACGGGCGAACUGAAACGCUACCAGGCAGCAUCGGUGGCGGCGGUCGCAGCAGCCGCCCAUCACCAUGCGUCCGUCGUGCGCUCGAUGGAGGCAGAGUCCAGCAGUGCCCAUGCAACCGGCGGCAACAGCACUAGCGGUGGUGGUGGCAGCAGUAGCGGCGGUAGUGGUUGCAGCAGUGGAGGUGUCCUACAGCACGGUCUUCCACCGUCCUCCGGCACCUCAGCCGGUCCGAACUCACUCAGCCACACACUUAACAGUCUCAUCAAUGCGGAAACGAUACCACACCAUCGGCUGCUUGGGCUCGACCCCCAGGAAGCUUCCAUACUGAACUUUCUGCGCGUGGAUGCCGCCGAAAAGCAGCGCGAUCGGCGCUUCGCCUGCCCGUUCUGUGGUAAGUGUGUGCGGUCGAAGGAAAACCUGAAGCUGCACGUCCGCAAACACACCGGCGAGCGGCCGUUCGUGUGUCUGUUCUGUGGACGCGCGUUCGGCGGCAAAUCUGACCUGACGCGCCACCUGCGCAUCCACACCGGCGAGCGGCCAUACCACUGCGAGGCAUGCGGCAAGUGUUUCGCCCGGGCCGACUACCUCUCGAAGCAUCUGACCACGCACGUGCAUCAGCUGUCACCGCGUCCGUGAGAGGAGGGCCGGCGGAGGCGUCCGCGCAUGUCGGUCCUCUGUCGGAAGU